AUGAAGCCACAGAAGAAGGAUAUGGCGAAGAAUCCUCCGUGGUUCGGUUUUCAUAUCUCCCAAAGGGCUGCUGCUGCUCAGAACUAUGCUAUGCCUGCGCUCAGCCCAACGAUGACCGAAGGAAACAUUGCAUCCUGGAGACUGAAGGAAGGAGACUCUUUUGCAGCCGGAGAUGUCAUUCUUGAGAUUGAGACCGACAAAGCUACCAUGGAUGUCGAAGCGCAAGACGAUGGAAUUCUCAUGAAAAUUACGAAGCCAGACGGAACCAAGGGAGUGAAGGUCGGCGAGAGAAUAGCAGUUCUGGCGGAAGAGGGAGACGACAUCAGCUCAUUGGAACUGCCAAAGGAGGAUAGUGCUCCGCAGCGAAAGCAGGCAGAGCAGCCAAAGCAGGAAGCGAAGAAAGAGAACAAGCCAGCCCCAAAGCAGGAGGAGCCUCCUUCGCAGACAGCUGAGAAGGGCGCACAGAAGGUAGGACAAGAGGGCAAGCAGUUGGGCGCUCCACGAUCUCGGAAGUACCCUCUCUACCCAUCGGUCGAGGCUAUGCUUCACCAGAAUGGCAUUUCUGAAAAGGAUGCGGACAGCAUACCAGCUUCUGGACCACAAGGACGUUUACUGAAGGGCGACGUGCUUGCAUACUUAGGCAAGAUCAAGAAGGACUAUCCUGCGGAAUCCUCAAAGCGACUGGAGAAGCUGUCGCAUCUCGAUUUGAGCAACAUCCAGCUCGCAAAGAAGGCUGAAGGCAAGCCCGAGCAGCCAAAGGCCGCAGGGAAGGCCGCAGCACCAGAACCACCCAAGGAGACAGAAAUUGGACUCCGUAUAUCUCUUUCGCAAGUCAUCGCAACACAGAAGCGAGUGCAAGAUACUCUCGGCAUUCGACUGCCUCUCUCCACCCUUAUUGCUCGAGCAAGCGAGAUGGCAAACGAAGAUCUACCCUUGAGCAAGAACCGAAAACCCACUGCAGACGAGCUUUUCAACUCAAUAUUAGGCUUGGAGCAAGUCAAACCAUCGAGCAAAGGAGCAUACUUUCCGCUUAUUACUGGACUGAUGCCUGCGCCCAUGAGCGCUACAAAGCCAGCGAGUAAAGCUGAUAUAAUCGACAUACUGGCAGCACCUAAAGCAAAGAAGCCUGCUCCAAGAUCGGCCGUGAUACCCGCUGGCAUUUCUACCGACGACAACAUCUUUUCGGUCAUGGCCCAGCCUGGAGAUGAGAGCAGAGCCACCGAAUAUCUUGAAAGGGUGAAGCUUGUGCUCGAGAAAGAGCCUGGUCGUCUUGUGCUGUGA